AGCAAGGUCGCGAUGGAUGUCGUUUUCUCUCUCCGUUAGUAGAGAGCCAAAGUCAGCGAACUGUAGAUGAUCAAAACCGAAACAAGUAAUAGCCACCGUAACCGUACCGUUUCUAAUAUCUGGUUGUUACUCGCGACGCUGCACUCACCGCAUAACUUCCGCAAUCGCCAUGGUAGAACCUAAACGGAUUUCCGUUCAUCACGCUCUCGGCUCUGGCUUAGUUGCUGAUGUGUUGCUUUGGAAGAAUUGGCGUGGUGGAGUUGCGGUGCUUGGUUCUGCAACCACAUUGUGGUAUCUUUUUGAACAAGCCGGUUAUAAUUUUUUGUCGUUUGUGGCUAAUGUGAUAUUGCUUCUCGUCGUGAUUCUGUUUUUAUGGGCUAAAGCUGCUAAUCUUCUUAAUAGACCUCUUCCUCCUCUGCCUGAUCUGGAGAUCUCGGAGGAAACUAUUGCCAGGCUUGCUGAUGUACUGCAAAUUUGGAUAAAUCGGGCUUUGUCUGUUGCACACGAUAUAGCAAUUGAGAGGAAUUUGUUUCUUUGUCUCCAGGUUGUUGGUGUACUGUGGAUAAUAUCUUAUAUUGGCAGUCUGUUUAACUUCCUGACUUUAAUCUAUAUCUGUGUUCUUCUUAGCUUGUCUCUUCCCAUUUUGUAUGACAAGUACCAGGAUCAAAUCAAUGAGAAGAUGCAUGUGAUACAUGGGAUUAUUCACCCACAGUAUCAAAAGAUUCAUAGCAUUGUUUUGAGCAUAAUUCCAAAACGUCCAAACAAGGACAAGAAGGUGCAGUAGAGUACUGAUGGUUAACUGAAGUCUUGUUAGGAGCGCACAGAUGGAUGCUUAACACAUUGAAUACUUGAGCUUUUCGUUUUGUUGGGAAGUUGUAGCUGUUUUAAUUGAUAAUUAGCAGUAUGCUAAUUCUUCAGGAGCCAAAUCGAAAAAGAGCUUUGAUGUAGAUGAUUAUACUCUUGUGAAUUUUCUGUAUACCCCAUUGGAAAGUUCUUUAUGUCUGAUAAAUAGUUCUGUGCCCUUGUUGAGGUUCACUUUGGAUUAGAUUGCCACAGGAGGGGGAAAAAGAAAGGACUUGAGAACUUGAACGUGAUUUUGUUUUUAGGAUGGUAACAUGGCAUGUUUUUGGGUACAAAAAGAUUUUGGUUGAGUUGGUUUUAUGAUGUAUUGCCGAAUGAGUUUAAUCAGUAAUUACCACUGUGUACUGUGAUAAAUUUUUUAUAUUAUUUUUUCAUAUAAGAAUGCAGCACUGGAAAUAUAACAGUAACCAAAUAUCUUGCCACUGCCAUGGCAUUGUUCUUCACCUUAGGUUAUCUUGUUCUUGCUUCUAAUAUGAUUGCAAUUGC